AUGUGCUGCUCGGCGGUGACACUUAAGCGCGACUUUGACGUAUGCAGCGUAUGUGUGGGGGGGGGUAUGCAUGCAGUGACUGAGAGACGCAUUACGUGUACAAGCAAGACCUGCAGCGACAUAGGGGUUUGUGCUGUUGUGUGGAAAGUGUUCACCUGUACGGCUAGCGAUACCUGGACGAUAUGGGUGAAUGAGCAUGGGCACAUGCGUGGUGUGCUAGAGUGCGAAGGUCCCCACAAAGCAGUUAUAACUGCCCAAAUGAAGAAGUUCAUUUUGCAGCAAGAUGAGUGUGCAGUGCCCCCGCAGCUAAUUUUAAGUAGUAUGCGCCGGUCUUCUGAUAUUCUCGAGCCCAAGAGAGGGUACCCUACUUUGAGCCAAGUCACCAACUGCGCCAAAUACUUACGCCGCUUAUAG